AUGCCAGGACAAAGAAAGCAAAAGGAAUAUGAGAAAGCUUUGGCUAAUUAUACCAAAUUGAUACACUCGUGUCGUGGACAACGUAUGGUUCUUCAUACUCCGACAGAAGAAUUUCCAGACUUUUUCAUUUUUCGAGAUUGGAUGAUUUACGAUUCUGAGCUCCAAGCAUUCUUGGCUCGUGCUCAGGCUUAUGAAAGAACAACUUACAAAGCGGCAAUGCUGAAUGUUUACUGGUGUGACGUGGGCGAAGAAUCUGAUGAGUGCGUGUUUGAUACCUGUUUGUUUUAG